UAGCCCAAUUUGCCAUGCAUCAAUUAAUUCCCUCUCCUCCAAUAAAUGCAGAAAAAUAUGGUGCAUGGCUAGCUAAUUAGCUUGAAGAGGUAUAUAACUAUAUAUGACUUCGAAUUUUGAUCAGAUACUUUAGAGUUCAUAUACAUAUAGAUCACUAAAACUAGGUAGUUGAAGAUGAAGAUGAAAACUAGUGAGGUUUUGCUGAGAAUUUGUUCAGUGUUGGUCCUAGUCCUCACUGCUUGUUUGGUAGGCUUGGAUACUCAAACGAAGCGAUUUACUUUCUUCGAAAGGAAAGCCACUUUCAGAGACUUGCAAGCCCUUUCGAUUUUGGUGGAUGUGGCUUCUGUAGCUGCUGGUUAUAAUUUGCUUCAACUUAUCAGGUGUUCAGUAUUAUCUGCUCGGUUUGAUGUAAAUUGGAAAGGAUCUCACAUAUACCUCGCUUGGGUUUGUUUCUUGUUAGAUCAGAUUGCAAUUUACAUAACAUUCGCUGCAAAUUCAGCUGCUCUUCAAGCAUCAUUGCUAUCAUUAACAGGAGCAAAAGACUUCCAAUGGAUGAAGUUGUGCAAUACGUUUACAAGAUUUUGCUUCCAAAUUGGUGGAGGCUUGCUAAGCGGCUUUUCGGCAUGUUUGCUAAUGGCUGCCAUGUCAUCCAUCUCUGCCUUCAAUUUAUUUAGACUUUAUUCACCUAAACGAUUCUUGUUCUUAAAGUAAAGGCUAUAUAUAUAUAUAUAUAUAUAAUUAAGCCAAUUAACUUUGUUUUAAUAUUAUAUAUAUAUAUAUAUAUAUAUAUUGUGUAAGUGUGUGUGUGUGUGUGU